AAAGAAAAAAAAAAGAAAAAAAAAAAGGCCUGACCGGAUCCACCUAAAAAUUCAUCACAUUCAUGUCAUUUCCCUAGUUCUAAUUGGCGAUAAGUCCUGGCCUAUUUUUUGUGCGCUGCUCUUUUUUAUUUACUAACCCCCCCCCCCAAAUCGACUUUGGGCUGAACAAAAGAUUUAUUUUGUCUGCCAAUUCUUUAACAACUCUUCCGCCUCUCUACCCUUUUCCUAGACGGUAACUCCGUCGUUACCCUGUUGAGACCCGAUGGCGUCGUCUUCUCGGGCCUUGAACAGGCUCACUAGCCCAGCUAGUAGACAAUUAUCUGUGCCUGCUGCCAGAUUUACCACGACGUCAUACCCGCAACAGCUAACCUCCGUUGUCGCAAGAACACGAACAAGAACAAGAACAAGAACUGCUGUUGCUCCCCGGCUUGCCAGAACCUACGCUGAUGCAGCUCCUCGCCCUACCAAGAAACCCCGCAGAAUCCGGAAUACCAUUAAAUGGACAUGGCGCUUUGUUUAUCUGUCCAUGCUCGGUGUUGUCGGUACCGUUAUUUAUGACGGUUACUUAGAUCGUCACCCCGAAGAACAGUUUACCCCUGAUCCUCAGAAGAAGACGCUGGUAAUUCUUGGUACUGGCUGGGGCUCGGUUGCUUUGCUCAAGAAGCUCGACACUGCCAACUACAAUGUUGUUGUUAUCUCACCACGUAACUACUUCCUCUUCACACCUCUAUUACCGUCAUGUACCACCGGAAACAUCGAGCACCGCUCCAUCAUGGAACCUGUGCGCCAGAUCCUGCGUCGCAAGAAGGCUGCUGUCAAAUUCUACGAAGCUGAGGCUACCCAUAUCGAUGUCGAGAAGAAGAUUGUCAAAAUUACCGACAACAGUGAGGUCAAAGGAAAAGUCCACCAGACCGAAGUUCCAUACGACAUGCUUGUUAUCGGCGUAGGUGCAGAAAACGCCACUUUCGGUAUUCCUGGAGUCCGCGAGCACAGCUGCUUCUUGAAGGAGAUUAAAGAUGCGCAGGCUAUCCGUACCAAGAUCAUGGAUUGUGUUGAGACCGCUGCUUUCAAGGACCAGGAGCCAGAGGAGAUCGACCGUCUUCUCCAUAUGGUAGUUGUCGGUGGUGGCCCUACCGGUGUCGAGUUCGCUGGAGAGCUGAGGGACUUUUUUGAUGAGGAUAUCAAGAAGCUUAUUCCCGAUAUUGCUCCGCGAUUCAAGGUGACUCUCAUCGAGGCCCUGCCCAACGUCCUACCCAUGUUCAGCAAACAGCUCAUCGACUACACCGAGAGCACUUUUAAGGAGGAGGACAUCAAGAUCAUGACUAAGACUAUGGUUAAAAAGGUGACCGAUAAGACGGUCGAAGCCGAAAUUUCUAGUCCCGACGGCAAGAAGUCUAUUGUUACAAUCCCCUAUGGUUUGCUGGUUUGGGCCACAGGUAACACUUUGCGCCCAUUGGUCAAAGACCUCCUAGCGCAGAUUCCUGCUCAGAAGGACUCGAGGCGUGGUCUUGCUGUCAACGAGUACCUCGUUGUUCAGGGUGCGAGAGAUAUCUGGGCCGUUGGUGACUGCGCCGUUGCCGGAUACGCACCAACCGCCCAAGUCGCCUCCCAAGAAGGUGCUUUCCUCGCUAGGCUAUUCAACAACAUGGCCAAGACCGAGUCUAUGGAACAGAAAGUCCGCGACCUUAGCGCUGACUUAAACCUCAAGCCUGGUGACACGCCGGCCGUAGCGCAAGAAAUCGAGUCCAUCGAGAAGCAGCUGCGCCGUAUCAAGGACGUCAAGCCCUUCCACUACUCGCACCAGGGCAGUUUGGCCUACAUCGGUAGCGAAAAGGCCGUCGCUGACGUCGCGUGGCUAAACGGCAACGUUGCCAGCGGUGGCAAGCUCACUUAUCUCUUCUGGAGGAGCGCUUACUUGAGCAUGUGCUUUAGCACGCGCAACCGUGCUCUCGUCGCUCUUGAUUGGGUCAAGGCCAAGAUCUACGGACGAGAUGUCUCCCGAGAGUAGACGGAUUUUAGCCGAUAAUACUUAAUCUCACUGAACUAGGUACUCUGCCGCCUCGUUUUCCGAGCCCCCCCCUUUUUUUUUGGAUCGGAAAUGGCGAGGCCUAUUUCCACCUCUAUAUCCAUAUAGCACCGCCCACCCCGCUCACCGUGUAUUAUUCGUCCCCUAGAGAGUUUUAAAGAGAGAGGUGAGAGGAGGUGCCCAGUCAUGAUAUUAUGAGGACGGACAGGACAGAACGGGGGGUUUUUUUCUUGUUAUUUUAAGAGGCUUUUUUCUCUCUCGAGGGGACAUAUGGUAUACGGUACACGAUACAUAACGCUCGCGUAUAGAGAGCGUUUUUUCUACCCGUGAAAAAUUAAGCUCGUAGACUAGGAUAGACUUGCGGUAGGCGAUGGGCUGAUGCCUGAGACGCUUCCCGCUUGUAUAAAUAAACAGGCAAGUCAUCAUUAAGAUAAU